AGCAAAUGGUGCCAUUGCCACUUGCAAAAUAUGGCAGAUUAUGCAAACAUAAGGCUAAGGCAAAAAAAAAGUGAGAUUAGGAACAAUGAAGAGGCAGAACAAAGCUCGCAAAAGCACUUCCAUACACUUGCAGCCUUACGCAAGGCAGAAAGAGAUUCACUUCGGUACGGAAUAGAGAUGCGGAUUCAGUGUUUACUCCUCUGUGUACAAAUCUCUGUGCAGUGUCAUGCCGUACUCCCCGAGAUGACAUCAACUGAUGUCAGAUCUACAGCCAAUUGGUGGGAGGCAGUGCCCAGAGUGCUGACCGACAUUGUGACUUUGAAAGCGAACAUCCUUACAGCUGUUCCGCUCGAGCUAGCAGCCAAUGCGAUAGAUAAACUGUGCUCGUCCACGCUGUUUAUGGGCAGAGUUCCACCGAAGAUCACUCCGGAUAUAAACAAAAUGCACUUUCAGUACAUGACGCCCUGCCACAACUACAGCGUUCCACUGCUGGAUGCAGCGAAGCUCUGGAAUCACUCCAAGUUCGGCAAGGGUCGCAAGGUGGUCAUCUUGGCCACCGGCUGGACCAACACCGUUAACGAAUCCUCUGCUAUCGCCAUGAUUUCGAGGGCCUUCAUGUGUCGCCGCGAUGUGAAUUUUGUAAUUGUGGACGCAGCCGAUUACGUGGACACUCUGUACUCUUGGUCGGCCCUAAACACGGACCUAAUCGGCGAGCACAUUGCUGUGGGUCUGACGCACUUGAUAGAGCUCACUCCACUGCGAAAUAUCCACCUGAUCGGGCACUCACUGGGGGCACACAUAAUGGGCACCGCUGGGCGCUCAUUUAAGCGUCUUACUGGCCGGCUGGUACCCCGCAUAACUGGUCUAGAUCCCGCCAAGCCCUGUUUUCGGCAAGAAAAGAUUCUGCCGGGACUGACACGGGGAGAUGCGCAGCUGGUAGACAUCAUUCAUACGAAUAUUGGGAUUCUGGCAAAGCGAGGACCCCUGGGAGACGUUGAUUUCUAUCCAGGUGGCGCACAUCCCAUACAGCCCGGUUGCCUCACCAUUGGCUGCUCUCAUACACGCGCUGUAGAGUACUUUGCUGAAAGCGCAUAUCCCCAACAGGAGAAGAACUUUAUGGCCACCAAAUGCAGUUCCUGGGACGAACUCAGACGACGCGACUGCAGGGCGGGCAACCCUUCCUCGAUGGGAUACAUAAUUGAUAGAAAAGCAAGAGGCAUCUAUUACCUAGAUGUGAAUGGAUGGCCCCCGUAUGGUCGAAGUAGUAGUGGAAAGGCGGGAAGUGCCAGCUCAAAGACCUGCUACCUUUGUCGGACGUGAGACGAUUAGUAAGUCUAUAGAUACGUAUUUAAUUGUCUUAGCUGAUUAGAAUGUAAUUUCCGUAAGAUCUAGAUCAUCAUUAAAGGCCUCCGAUAUGUCCUUUUGGCUCUGA